AUGCCCGACGAUGACCACCGGUUUUUUCAGUUUCAACGGGGGGAGCUUUUCCUUGAAAAGGCCCGGUUACUCCUGAUCGAUGAGAUCAAGGCCGAUAACCCAAAGGUGCCAACCAUACAAGGACUCCUUAUCCUUGGUGGGAGGCAGUGUGCCAUAGGAAAAAGUAGUGAAGGAUGGUUGUAUACUGGUAUGGCUAUUAGAAUGAUUACAGACCUUGGCCUACAUCUCCAAAAAUGGGAGAUGAUGAAAGAAUGCGAGCCUGACGAUCUGGAAGUACGCAAGCGAUUGUAUCUUUCCGUUUAUGCUUGGGAUAAGUCGAUCAGUUUGUGUCUAGGUCGGCCACCAUCAUUAAAAGAACUCCCGUAUUCACCAUCAUCGUUAUAUGAUCUUGCGGACGAUGAGGACAUAUGGCAACCGCCGCGUGUGCUUGACACAGACAAGACAUUUCUAGCGACACGAUGCUACAGUACACGAACAUUCAUCUACUUUUGCCGUUUAUCAGAGAUAAUUGACCAAAGCUAUGACACAGUCUAUAAUGGCAAGGCUGAUAAUAUCAAGUCAAAUGCAAUUUUUUCACUCGAGGAAAAGCUACGUGUCUUUCAUCAAAGUCUUCCGGAUUGCCUUCGAAUUCAAAACCCAGCAAAUAUAGUCACUUGCGUGCCCCCUCACAUCUUAUGCCUUAAUAUCUUAUAUCAUACCAUGCUGAUUUUGAUCUUCCGUCCAUUCUUUAUGUGGCAGUGGCGCGCUAAUUUGCGAGACCACCCUCUUGCUCUACGGGCACAAGAAGUUUGCACAGAAGAGGCAUCCGGUGUUAAUGAGUUAAUUCGUGCGUAUGGCCGGUUAUUCAACUUUCGAUAUCAAAGUUAUUUAAUUUCUUAUUGCGCUUACACCGCUGCAACCAUUGACGUACGACUCGUUCAUCACGAAGACAAGGGCCUUGCGCAAAAUGCUUCUGAUCGACUUGUUAUCACGCUACGUAUGCUAGAAACGGAAGUCAAGCAGACUCCUGGCAUAAAACGCAGCAUAGAUAUCAUUAGAUCUCAUAUGGAUCAGCAGUGGGUCAACAAUUCACGUUCUUUACCGAUGGAAACGAAUCAAAACAGUGCGGGCGGCAGCAACAUGCCUUCUGGAGUAUUAGCUUCGGCAUAUGAUUCUCAAUCCGACCAGAAUGUGUCGUCUGGGUCCUUUAUCUUUUCAACCCAAGCGGAGGACCUAAAUGACCAUGUACUAGCACUACUGCCAGAAAAUAACGGCGGAAUAUAA